GGUACCUAUUUUUGUGAACCUGUGAAUUUGUGAUCAAAAUUGUGAUCCAUCUGUGAUCCAUCUGCGAAAUCGCAAUAUGUCGGACUAUUUAGAAAUAUUUUUAGAUUAACUGGUCCUGAGGCAUACAUAAUACUGGCUAAUUAUAAACGUGUCCAUGCUAUGGACUCUACAUGACAAACAUUCUAUCCAGAUCGAUAAGAAGUCGUAAUAUAGAGAAGAUAUGUGUUGUGGGACAUUUGCCUUACGUGUCUACAUUAGAUAUGCGUGUGAUGGGCAUUGCACCGAAUGGUCUUCAGUUUUGAGUGCGUUUUGGACAAUAUAACGAUACAAGUUUCGCCAGGGCCAUCCUGCGCGAGGUGUUUUUGUUUCUUACGAGUCGACCUGUAAGAAGUAAAGAUGGAUCAGAGAGUGCAAUGUCCAGUGUGUACAUUGUACCUACACAGUGGUAUGUCCUUGGAGUCACAUCUGGAUACACAUCCUAAGGACCAGGUGAUAAAAGCUUUGUGCUCCUUAUCCGCUAGAAGUUCAACAUUUGGAAGUCGUACUUCAACACCCACUCAAUCGGAAAGGUCAUACAGAAGUCGAUCUCGUACACCAGCAAACGAAGAAAGUGUAAGAUGGAUGACAACACAUAAAAAUAGCGAAAAUGAAAGGUACUGGAGGAGGACUCCAAGUCGGACAAAAUCUACACCCUUCUCAUAUAAUACCUCAAGAGUUGGUACUCCAGAACUCAGGAUGGGAAAUUUAUCUUUUGAUAAUCACAAUUUUGCUAAUAACAAUGGUUCUGAUCCAUAUACAAUAAAGAUAGAUAAAACGCAACAAACACAUACCUCAAUAAACACUCGGCAGGAAUCCGAGUUUGAGCAACAAUUUCCUUACUAUUCAGAACAAAAUGACGAUCCUGAAAUCAAAUAUUCAAGAAGUUCAGAGUAUACUGGAAUUGACAAUUCAAAUAAUAUAUUUACCUACAACAUGCCUACAAUUGCACCCAAUUUAAAAUUACAAGCUACUAUGGUACCAUCCACAUCGAAAAAGUCUGCCAAUGUGGUGAAAAUAUUACCAAAACCAAGUAACAUCCUGGUUAAAACAAAUGUUGCAGGGGUACAGUAUAUUCCACCUGGUGUAAAACCUUUACAUGUUGUAUUACCGACAUCAACAUCAUUUGUUCAGAAGACUUUGCCAAAUCAUAUGAUAAUGACGGGUAAUUUAGCAAGCGCCCCCAUACUGGACCCCAAGUCUGUAGCACAGCCAUUAGCAAACCAGUUUGAACAGCUGACUACAAAUUCAGUGACUCCUGGAACUACAGUUGUUACACAAAACUCACAGAUUAUUUACCGAGAAAUGGUGCACAACCUGGAUGGUAAACCUUUCAUCUCCAGUAUGCCAGCCGUGCUCGGAACCCAUGAAAAUGUUACAAAUGUUGCUCAAAGUAAUUCAAUAUACCAGAAUGUGAUGGUGGUUGAUCAGUUUGGCAAUACAUCUUGCAUGUAUACUACACCUCAGCCCCUGCUGUCUAAACCUUGUCCUACAACUAUUUUCAAUAGUAAUCUCACUAGUAUACCCCAUUCAGUCAAACAAGUGCCUCAAAUGCUCAAUAAUGCAAAUGAAACUCUUAUUAUUGAUGUAAAUCCUUUAGUACCUUCGACAUCAAAUAACAUCAGUAAUAAUGCUGGUCCCAGCUCUUCUCAUGAAGGAAGAAAUAAAAAUGCUUCACUAAUAAAGGCAGAAGAAAAGGCUGACAGUAAAAUAGAUUCAUCAGUGAAUUGUAAGGGCUUGAAAAUUCUUAGUAAUGUCAAGGUAGAAGUUCCAGUCCAACACCAUAAAAAUAUGUUGAACACAGUCCUUGAUCUUACAGGACCAAAUGAGUCUGAAUAUACACAAAGACCUUUGACUCCAGAGAAAAUUUUACCAGACUUAGAUGACAAUCUCAAUAUGCCCGAUGAAGGUGCCCCAGCUUCAAAUGGUGAAAGCUUCUCUUCUCAUACAUUUUCUGUCAUCAAAAAUGUGGGAAAUCCACCAUCUUAUAGGGAAUCAUCUAAAACAAACAUAAGUCACAAACUAGAAACAGAAUUUUCGGAUAGUUGUCCAGUUCCUGAUUUAACAUGCAAUGAAAAACCUUCAAUAUCUCCUUGUAGUGAACUUUCGGAGCAUGGUGAAAGUGCAACAGAUCCUGCACCUAUAACUCGAAAACAAGAAAUAAAUAAUGAAACUAAAAGUAGCACCGAAGGAAAGAAAUCUCCUACAAAGCUAGUAAGAAAUAUGCCCUUACCUCUCAAUAAUAUCUAUGUCAAGAAGCACAAGAAAAUAUUGCAAAUAAAAAACUCGAAAACAUGCCCUCCAUCAACAAGUACAAGUUUGGAAUUUGAACCUAAAGCAUCAUCUUCAAAGUCCCUAUCAUCUGAAAAUUUCACCUUGAGUGAUAUUGGUAAAAAUGAGGAGGAGUGUUUUAAAAAAAGUUUUUUACAAACUAUAUCUAUUGAGAAAAUUGAAAACCAGCAGGAGGCAGAUAAUCAAACUGAGUUUGAUGCAGAUACUGAGGAACGCUCCAUGGACAUAGAGCCUGUAGCUUCCUCCAGAGACCCAGAAUAUCCUAAUCCUACAGAAAUAGUUAAAGUAAAGGAAGAAGUUAACUCCAGUAAUGACUUCAGCAAUGAGGGAGCUCGGUCAUGCGGAGAAAUUGCACCAAUGGAGACAUUAAGGCCAAUAAAUGUUAUAACUUAUGGAAAUAUGGUCCCUGAAAAUUUUGAUGAGGACUCCAACCACAGGGAACUUCUCGAAUUGGAAGCAGCAUCUAAAAACAAGCAGUUUGUAAACAUGAUGAAUGAUAAUUACUUUGGGGAUAAUAUUUAUGCAGACUACUUUACCCCAGAUCGUGUAGAAAGUUUUGAAGCUGAAAAAGAGUCGCACUAUAACAAAGAAAAUACAAAAGAUCCCAUGUACAUGUGGGGUGAACCUUCUCAGAAAGAAAGCGAGUUUGUGCUGCCCAAUUUCAUACAUGAAAGCUACAGAAUAGCAGAAAGUAGCGAGGCCGAUUAUUCUGAAUUGACUACAGUUGAUGUUCAACUGGAUAAUGAUGCAGAUAGAUGUGACAUAGAUAAUAAAGCUGACGUUCUUAGUGAGAGUAGAAGCGAAGGGGAACCAAUUCUCAAUAUCUGUACCGAUGAGAGAAUGCCACCUCGAGGAGAGCUCAGUGGACAGGAGAGUAAUGGUGACUUGGAGUCUACUUGGGGUGGGAUGUAUGCUGAAGUACCUCCUGCCGAGCCCUACGACUUGAUGGCCCGUGAGAGCUGGGUAUCCGAUGGCUCAGAUGUGGACACCAACGAAAAAUUAGACGCUCUGGACGACUUCCCGAAGACAAAAAGUUAUAGUUGUUCGCAAUGUGCCGUGAAGUUCCCGUCCCUGAAGGAGCUACGGGGCCACAAGUCGCUGGCGCACGCGCUGCCCACGUGCUCCACCGCCAAGACCAGCUACAGCCGCCUCGUCACCUCGCGAACUAUCAAGAAGGAAGUCAAACAAGACGAAGUCUCUUUGUCUAGUAAUCUCAUGGUGUUGGAGUCGAAACGGGCGAUCACGACGACAAUUCUACAAGCGUACGACGUGUUGGGCGAGGCUAAGCCCAAGAUCGAGGGUCUUAUCAAACAAGAGAAGAAGAGAAAGCGUAGGGACUAUGUGUGCCCUACGUGUAAGGAAGACCAAGGGACGGAUGCUGCGUUCCACGCACAUCUCAAGAUACAUCCUCUGGAGUGCCUCACCUGUGGAAAGUGCUUCUUCAGACGAGCGAACCUGGCGCUGCACAUCAAAACACAUCUGGGAAUAAAGAAUUAUAAAUGCGACAUAUGCGAGAAGCGGUUUAUCACGCGGCAGAAGCUGAGCGAGCACCACAACAUCCACACUGGCCGAGCGCCAUUCAAGUGCACCAUGUGCGACGACACCUUCCGCCGCUACUCCAACAUGGUGCAGCACAGGGACCGACACCACCUGAAGAAGAAGGCGCGCGUGCGGGACUUCGUGUGCGCGUGCGGGCUGGUGUUCCACUCGGCGGCGAAGCUGCUGUGGCACCGCGAGACGCACGACGAGCGGCCCAAGGCGUGCCCGUACUGCUCCGACAAGUUCGUGCACGCCGCCUCCCUCACGCGCCACGUGCGCCGCUCCCACAACGCGCUCUACGUCAGCGAGCGCCUGCGCGGCAAGGUCGACAACGUGCCGUGCCCCGUCUGCAAACAGGUGUAUCUCCGGACUAAUCUCCGAGCGCACAUGCAGACGCACAGCGGCAAGCGGAACUUCCACUGCGUGAUAUGCAACAAGUACUUCACGACCAAGUGGAACCUGAAGCUGCACCGCUGGACGCACAUGAGCCGCUCGGCCAAGCCGUACAAGUGCACGCUGUGCAAGGGCGCCUUCAUCCGCCAGUCCGAGUACAUCUCGCACAUGAACGCGCACAAGUCCGUCCGCCCGUACACCUGCAACUACUGCGGUUGCCAGUUCAUCCGCAAGACGAACUGCCAGCGCCACGUCCGCGAGCACGAGAUGGCCAAGAAGUACGUGUGCAAGGUGCCCGAGUGCGGCAAGUCCUUCCACCGCAGCUACUACCUGUCCGAGCACAUGAAGGUGCACAGCAACUCGCGCCCCUUCUCCUGCAACAUCUGCGGCAAGACCUCCAGCAACAAGUCCAACCACAACAAGCACGUCAAGAUCCACCACGCCCGGGAGCCCAUCGCCACGGAGGCGUAAGCCCGCACCACCCAGGUACAUGCAUCCUUAUUCGACCGAGUUUAUUGAGUCUCCCUCGGUUAGCAGUAU